CUGUCCCUGUGAAGAGUGAAGAUGAUGAAGAGGAAGGGCUUCAACAGAGACAGUCUGAACACAUGGAAACAGAAGCUGAUGGAGAGGACUGGGGAGGACCAGAACCACUCUUACAGCCAGAGACUGAUGACAGCGUCGACAGCGACGUUUGGAAGGACGACGGCGAAAGUCGGUCAGGUUUAAACUCUCUGGAACGUGAGGAAGUUCCCGUCUGUGAUGGCAAAGAGUCAUUUAGCUGUUUUGAGUGUGGGAAAAGAUUUGGAACAAAGCAACAUCUGAAGAGACACAUGAAGUCCCACACUGGAGAAAAAGCUUUCAGCUGCUCGGUUUGUGGUAAAAUAUUCAUACAGAAGGUGCAACUGACGGAGCACAUGAGAACGCACACGGGCGAAAAGCCUUUCAGCUGUUCGGUGUGUCAGAAAGCGUUCGCACGCAGGCAGCAUUUACAGAGACACGCGAUGAUCCACACGGGAGAGAAGCCUUUCAGCUGCUCCGUUUGCGACCAGGGAGUCUUGAGCAAAGAACACCUGAAGACGCACAUGAGGACGCACACGGGCGAGAGACCGUUCAGCUGCUCGGUGUGCGGCAAAGCUUUCAUCGGAAGUGGGAACCUGAAAAGACACAUGAGGAAUCACACGGGGGAAAAGCCUUUCAGCUGCUCGGUAUGCGACAAAAGCUUCGGGCAGAAGGUGCAACUGACGCAGCACAUGAGGGUCCACACGGGAGACAAGCCCUGCGUCUGCUCGGUCUGUGAUCUGAGGACUCUGAGUGAGGCGCAUCUGAAGGUGCACAUGAGAACGCACACGGGCGAGAAGCCGUUCAGCUGCUCGUUUUGCGGCAAAGGUUUCACCCAGGCCGGGAACCUGACGCACCACAUGAGAGUCCACACGGGGGAGAAGCGAUUCAGCUGCAACGUUUGUGACAAGACGUUUGCCUGGCUGAGUCAGGUAAAAACUCACAAAUGUGUCGGUCGUCCGUGCUCACAGCAAACUCAAACGGAGGAGGACAGAGAGGCAGAGCCUCCGGCCAGCAGAGACACUCAACACAUGGGAACAGAAGCUGAUGGAGAGGACUGUGGAGGACCAGAACCAGCCAGGAACUCACAUCCACUUUUACAACCAGAGACUGAAGACCAGACUGGAGACUCUUCUGAACCGGAGACUGGUGACAGUGUGCGUCUAUCAGGUUCAAACUCUCUCAAACAUGACCAGUUCUCUCAGAGCGAUGAAAAAUUUAACAACACUACCCUGCAGAUCAACAAAAGGAGUCAAACAGGAGAGGGACAUUUUACAGAAGCAGGAAGUCUGAGGAGACACAUUAAAGAGGAACAGGAGGAACUGUGGAGCAGUCAGGAGGGAGAGCAGCUUCAAGGGCUG